AUGGAUAAAGUUACGGUGGAGAAAGCGAAGAAUGUCGUGGUCAAUCCUACGAAAGCGGUUCACACACCCGCGAAGAAUAGCUCUUCCUCGACUAUCUCAAAAUCUACGUCCGAAGACGCUGGCGAGUGUAUUGUGGCGCUAGCGUUACCUAGACUAGAGAUUAAAGCUCUUGGCGGUGCCCCCUACGCUUGA